GAUCCGAACCGAAGAAGGAAGCAACAGAGAGUGCUAGGGUUGGCGCUUACCGCAAACCGAGCGACUCCAUCAGUUCAUUUCGGACAGCCGUGUGAAUCAGUUGAGGAAAGUUUGUUUCGCUCGUGUCUCGUGUGCUACAAAGUGGAAAGCGGAUGUUGUCGUUGUUGGUGGAAAUUCGUUGGGUCUGAAACACGCACACACGAGUGCUGCAUACCGAAUCCAUGUGUGGAGGCAUUUAACGUGACGGAGAGGACGUCGCGACGUCAAAACAAAACUUCGUGCGAAGCGAUUCGUCACGGAAGGAGCAGCAGGCGGCAGACGGAGUGAGUGCUGAUUCGUGUCGUCUUCGAGUGGGUCGAGCGAUUGCGAGUGUUUUUCGCACACAGGACGCUGUUGGUGUUGGUGGUUCUUUGGCGGCGCUGCUGCAUGGAAAAAGGAUAUCCUCGGUGGCACUGAGGGAAAACCUCACGGAAGCAGUGUGGUUAUAGGAGUUUUCCUGUUUUCGGAGUGUUCACCAACGGUUGGGUUGUUGUAUAAUCAGUUUGUGAGUUGGAAUCGAAAGUGAUUGGUCGCAGGCAUAUUCGUCCGGUGAAUGGUGAUUUUGCAGUGAAAAAUCGUUCCAAAAGAAGCGCAGAAUAGUGCGCUUCGAAAAUCGGUGUGCCAUCGCGUAGGAUAUGAAUUAAAAAUAGCAUGAUUAACAAUCGAUCCAGCUCGUCGCGGUGGUGGCAGGUGGAGUGAAGGUGUGGUUACGUAGUGCUAAAGUUGGUGCCGUGCUUUCAACGCACCGAACGCGUUGUCGUCAUCGUCUUUCGCAGUUUUCCCCGUGGGGUGGGUGAAAAUUUCGCCCCGAGUUAGUGUGGUGCUAUCCUUCUCGCCCUAACUUCCUUUGUACGUGCUGGCAAUCCGAACGAGCUCUGAAAACAAUAUUAUGGAAUUAUGUUUGCCGAACGGAAUCUCCUGAGCUGUUUAUAUAAUACCCUGGUUUUCAUGCAGCUGCUCUACGUGACGCGUUCGUUCGGUGUAGUCUACGACGAGUACGUCGUCGAUCAGGGCAAGAAUCUGACGCUACCAUGCCGGUCGCCGUAUCCGGUGAUGUGGGUGCACGAGGGACGUCGCGAUGACUUCCAGCAGCGCUUUCAGAGCGACGGCUCCCUGCAGCUCACCAACCUGACGGCCAAAGAUGGCGGCAAAUACACGUGCUCGGAGUUGGUUCCGACUUUCACCACGGUGCAACUCGGCGACAUUCCAUCGGCGGAAGACAGCAACGGUACCGGCGAGGGGCUCCUGAUGUUCGGUCCUCGGAACGAUACCCUGAACAACAGUGCCAGCAGUAGCGAAGAGGACGAAGUCUCGACGCCUUCUCCAUCACAGCAAUUCGACAGCAGCGCACCGGAUCGGUACGUACAGAUCCGGCAGUUCAACGUCAAAGUGCGGACACCUCCACUGGCAGUGUCCAACUUCUUUGUGCGGGCGUCCACCAUCAUUGCCGUGCUGGUUUGGGAGGUUAUGCCUAACCGAACCGGAGGUUACGCCAUCCGGGACUUCACGGCCGAGAUGCGUAAGCUGCGAUGGAGCGACGAAGAAGACGAGCAAAGUUGGGAAACGAUCGACCCGCGCCACAUUAGCCCGAAUGCGCGUCAGUUGGAAAUCUAUCACCUGAUCCCGAACACGACGUACGAGUUCAGGAUCUGGGCCAACAACGCGCUGGGGGCCGGCGAAGUGGUGACCAUCACGGCGACCACCUCGCCCGACAUGGAGGAGAAAGACCUGAUCCGGCGGAUCAUGAUCGACGCGCAGAACUUCGACACCCGCGUUUGGAUCGCAGCAGUCGGCGUCGUCAUGGGAACGCUGGUCAUUCUGACGCUCGGGACCUGUAUCGUGCUGUACAAGGAGUGCCGCGAGCCAAUCGAAAAAGAAGAAGAGCUAGACAGCCUGGAGCUGGUACCGAACAUCAUUCUGAAUCCGGGCUUCUGCGAUUCGGACGACCAGGGACAGAACCCGCUGUCACCGCCGGUGCCCCGAACACUGGCCUUCCUGCCGGUUGCCAAUGGAAACAACCACCUGAGCUCGCAUCACAACCGUCGCGGUAGCAGCUACCACAGUCGGUAUCACUACGACGACGAUGACGACUACGAACCGAUGACCUUCAGCCGGCGCAUGUCGAUCUUCUUCACCGGCAACACGAUCAAGCGAAUUUGAGUAAAAGUAUUCCCGGAGGAUUCCGCCAGGAGGUUUUACUAGAAUGAAGAGGUUACUGGACGACGGAAUGGGUGCUUAGAUCUCGCAUCUCUUUCUUUCCACUGCGUUUGAGCAUUCAAGUCGGGUGGUCAGAUGCGAGAUAAGUCGGAUGGAGCGCACCGCAUCCAUCAGAAAAUCAGAAAGAUUCUAUCCUUCGGGAAGACGACAUCAAAGAGACACUGGGCGGUGUCUACUUGUAUACUUCUUACCGCGAGAAAGCACAUGCCAAGCGCAUGUGCCCCUUUGUUUCAGUGUAUAAGCGUUCCCAUAAGUUAUCAUUUUACUUCAGAUCGAUCGAACGCGCGAUACUAGCGCCGUUACAAGUCUAAGCUUCCAACCUACUUAUACCGAUACCGUUUAUGAGGAGGUCCUAUGCGUUUGAAUUUGAAUUGAUAUAAUGGUCGAGGCGUGUCCUAAUACCAAUUUUAUUUUGUCUAGGAAUACGUGAAAUGAAAUGUGAUAAAUCGGACUAGGAUAUAGAGGAAUGCAAAAGAAAAUCGAUUGGUACAAUAAUAAUGAAAUAUUCAGUAAAUAUUAAAACUAACGUGAAAUGCACUGUUGAUUACCAGGAAGGGCAAUGUAGCUUUUUUAAGAAAACACCCCCCAAAAUCGAUCAAAAACAAAAUCAAACUGUAUAAAAUAAACUGCAAAAAAAAUGAAGAAAAAAUCCAACUGUUAAAUAGCGCAACUCAAGAAAACCAAAGAAGAAUCUUUUUAGAAGACUGUAGAAACGUUGACACAUCUAGAUAAAAAUCGUUCAAAGGGGGAUAUAUUAACCUAAAAGUGCAAUGAUCACCUUUGCAGCACUGCUUCGCAAUUAUUACCGGCGCGACGGUAUGAGAGUGAGAAUAUGACAUUGGAGAAAAUGUGCUUUUUUUGCUAGAUUAGACUCUCGGUUUGUGUAGUCAAGAAGGCCACGUUCGAGAAAAGAGAAAUGUUUCUUCCUAAUGAUGAGACUCGUUACCGUUUUUCGUUGCAUUAGGAUAAUAGGAAAGCGAUUCGCACGACGCAGAGACAAAUAAUUUAGCAUUAUCAAAACAAAGCGGAUUUAAACUCAGUAGGCUGUGUACCACUCCUCGGUUGACGACGAAUGUGAGCGAGAAAAUUCGAAAUUUCCUCAAUCACAUUGGCCGUCAUCGUAUAACCGUUCUGUAACUUUUGCUCGCCUACUCUAGUUGAUUGUCAAACCGAAUCGGACUACAAUCCCGAUUUAUAAUGAACUCCAUGUUAUCCAAUUGUAUGCUUCAUGAGUUCUUGUCUAUCAAUUGGAAGCUUACUUUUUACUUUUCCGAGCAAAAUUGACACCAAAAAAUAAUAUUUCCAGCUUCCAUCGACAUUUGUUACCGUUGCACCGCGAAAAAACCCGAGAACUGCUGAAAAAGUGUGCUUUUUAACGAUAAUACUGCUUGCCGAACUGCACUGAACAAAGGCGGAUAGCACAUCGAAACAUUGAACUGAAAAACAUAAAUGAAAUCUGGUAAAAAGUAAAAUAAUAAGCACGAUCAAUAGUUACAGCAAACAAUCAACCGAACGCAGUCAGUGUGUGAAUACCAUGUAACAAAAAAAAAACAAGAACAUUCAAAAAAAGGGACGCGUGAGAAUAGGCUUUAUCGCAGCACGCCAUGCUCUUGUUAAAACAUAAAAUCCCGCCUCCAAAACCACCGAACGAAUGCGCGACCUGAGCCUACUUGUGUGUCAGGAAAAAAAAACUGUUCGUGAUGAACCUACAUGUAGCUAUUUGGCGUAUAAAUUAAAGCGACAAAAUCAGGUUCGCGGUUAGCAUUGCAUGUCUGGUGACCGUUAGGGAUAACGAUGAAGGUGAAUGCUGGAUUUCAGUGCGAAGGUAUUUGCGUUGUUUUGCGUUAAUUACGUCGUUUCUCUUUUUUUACUUCUGGCUUAAGUUUGUGAUUUAAGGUUAAUAUGUCACUGAAUCUAUUCGGCAUAUUCGAUUAUUUCUCUUUUAAGCUGAUUAGUUAUCUUAUCCUGUCCUAAAAAACGACAUUCUAAAAUGAUAGGUGCCAAAGUAACAACACAGAGAAACAGACAUCACACUCUGCUCGCCUUCCAUCGAUCACCUUUUUAACGGCUGAUUCAAAUAUUCAGUAGUAGGACGAUUGGCCACUCGCAGCGCUGGCAUCGUUUUUGCUCAUGUUUGACGUUUGCUCACUACCGCCACCUAGUGAUGGCCCGGCCAAUAAACAUAAAUUUAGCAUUGGGCGAUUACAUUUUCGUGACGAUGUUUUUUUUAAUGAAUUAUCUUCUAAGUGUUACGUCUGUUUCUCUGUGGUAACAAUAUGAUUUGGUAAUGCCAAUCCCACGCAGCCAUAUCCAAAAAUUUUAUCAUCCCUAAGAACUUUGGCGAGCGAUUGCAUCAUCAUGCGCUCCUAUUAACACAUUAUUUAGAGUAUCUUUAUGUUUUUAUGCUAUGUAUCGCAUAAGUAAACUUGAAUCACACUUAAAAAUUGGUUCAAAUGUUAUUUUAGAUCGGCUAUCGGCUGGUAGGUCGUGAGCUGCCUCUCUCUCUGCCUCUUCUUCUCAUCAAUCGCUCUGUCACUUGUCAGCAGACUGCGCUGCCUCAUCGAUCGCCCAAAGCAUACCGUUUGGCAACCAGCACUCGGGCAGUGCUGCCAGAACAUUUCCCGGCCAGAAUCUCUGCCCCAGAGGCCUCAUCCGGCACAGGGUUACCACUGUUGACCUUCAUUCAGGCCAGUUUCACCUUCGCUCGCCUUAUACCUUCCGGUGCUAGUAUGCACCUGCAUCCACGCUUGACAGAUCCUUCCGUCACCGGACACGAUGACCUCUUCCACCAGUACUUCCAGUUGGCAACCUUGAGUACGUACUUCUCCAUUUUUCAACGACUUCGAUUCGCCGAAUGAUCUCGUCCUCCGGCUCAACGUACGACACAUACUAC